UUCAAUGGUUCCUUGACUGCUUGCGGCUGCUGCUGCCAUCGCCACUCGCUGGCGUUGUCGCCACCACCGUCCCCCUUCACUGCUCAGCUGAGGGGAUCCAACGUUUGCUUUUCGGAUGUAACUGAAUUGAGUGCUCUUGAGAGAUCUCUGGAGGGCUUGGACACCAGAAUCGAUGUAGUCGUCUCGUGCCUUGCCAGUCGAUCUGGUGGUGUUAAGGACUCCUGGAAGAUCGACUAUGAAGCGACAAAAAAUAGUCUCGUUGCGGGUAAAAAAUUCGGGGCUGUUCAUUUUUUUCUGUUGCCUGCAAUAUGUGUUCAGAAGCCCCUCCUUGAAUUUCAAAGAGCGAAGCUGAAGUUUGAAGCAGAAUUGCAGAAGGAAGCAGAAAAUGGGGAUUUCACCUACAGCAUUGUGAGGCCGACGGCUUUCUUCAAGAGUUUAGGUGGGCAGGUUGAGUUGGUAAAGGAUGGGAAGCCAUAUGUAAUGUUCGGAGAUGGCAAACUAUGCGCCUGUAAACCCAUCAGCGAAGAGGAUUUGGCCUCUUUCAUUGCUGACUGCAUCUCUUGUGAAGAUAAAAUUAACAAGAUUCUCCCAAUUGGUGGACCAGGAAAGGCAUUAACACCACUUGAGCAGGGAGAAUUGUUGUUCAAACUUUUGGGCAAGGAACCCAAGUUUCUGAAAGUUCCAAUAGGAGUGAUGGACUUUGUAAUCGGCAUUCUUGAUUUUUUGGUUAAAUUCUUCCCUUCUCUGGAAGAUGCUGCAGAAUUUGGAAAAAUUGGAAGGUAUUAUGCUGCAGAAAGUAUGUUGCUGCUUAACCCAGAAGAUGAAUCAAUAAGCAGGAUGUUUGGGUUUCAAAUUUUUCCAUGAAAAAAUUUUCUUGUCUAUCAAACUAUGCAU